AUGGCUACUCUGCGCUUCCAUGAGUUGGGGCUGGAUGACCGGCUAUUGAAGGCCAUAGCAGAUUUAGGAUGGGCCAAGCCAACAUUAAUUCAGGAGAAAGCCAUUCCGCUGGCCAUGGAAGGAAAGGACAUUCUGGCACGGGCAAGGACAGGGUCAGGGAAGACCGCAGCAUACUCCAUUCCCAUAAUACAGAACCUUCUACAGUCCAAGUUGACUGUCUCUGAGCAGGCAGUCCAGGUCCUGAUCCUAGUACCCACCAAGGAGCUUGGCCAGCAGGUUCAGCAAAUGAUUCGUCAGCUAACGUCCUAUUGUUCCCGUGAUAUAAGAGUGGCGGACAUCUCCGGGCAGGUGGACGUUUCUGCCCAGAGGCCAAUCCUUAUGGAGAAACCAGACAUUGUGGUGGGUACACCAUCCAGAGUACUUUGUCACAUGAAUCAGGGAACACUGUGUGUACGUGACUCCCUCCAAGCAAUGGUGAUUGAUGAAGCUGACCUGAUCUUCUCAUUCGGGUUUGAAGAUGAUUUGAAAAACUUACUGUGCCAACUUCCAAAGAUAUUUCAGUCUUUCCUUAUGUCUGCCACGUUUAAUGAAGAUGUCCAGGCACUGAAAGAGCUUGUGUUGCACAAUCCAGUGACCCUGAAGUUGGAAGAAUCUCAGCUGCCUGAUAGCUCUCAGCUGACACAAUAUCAGAUCCAGUGUGAGGAGGAAGACAAGUUCCUUUUACUCUACACACUGCUAAAACUCUCCCUCAUCCGUGGCAAGACCAUUCUGUUUGUUAACGAUGUGGAUAGGAGUUAUCGGCUCAAGCUUUUCCUGGAACAGUUCAGUAUUCCAACUUGUGUGCUAAACUCUGAACUGCCAGUUCAAUCUCGGUGUCACAUCAUAGCACAGUUUAAUCAGGGUUUCUACGACUACAUCAUUGCAACAGAUGAACACUCAUUAGCUGAGCCCAGGAAGAAGGAAAAGAAGGCAACUGGAAGGAAGAAAAAAGGAAAAGGAGAAAAAGGCCAGGACAGUGAGUAUGGAGUAUCUCGGGGCAUUGACUUUCAGAAUGUGUCUACAGUACUAAACUUUGAUUUCCCCCUAUCUGUUGAUUCCUAUAUUCACCGAGCUGGCAGAACUGCUCGUGCUAACAACCCAGGUGUGGUCUUAACAUUAGUGGCACACACAGAGCUCUCCCUGCUGGCAGAAAUUGAAGAAGCUCUUGGUGGUACUGGUACCGGCGAAAGUGUGCUGUGUCCCUACAGGUUUCGCAUGGAGGAAGUGGAGGGCUUCCGGUACCGUUGUCGGGAUGCCAUGAGGUCCGUGACAAAACAAGCUAUAAAGGAGGCACGUCUGAAGGAGAUAAAGGAGGAGCUAUACUCAACUCUGAGAAACUAAAGACAUAUUUUGAGGAUAAUCCACGGGAUUUCCACCUUCUUAGACAUGACAAGCCUCUGCACCCGGCAGUAGUGAAACCUCACCUGAAAAAUGUUCCCGAAUAUUUGAUUCCACCUUCCAUGCGCUCUGUUGUCGAUCUUAUGAACAAGAAGAAAAAAAGACUAAGAAUGAAGCCAGGAGGGUUUUCCAGGUUUGCUUCCACCAAGGUGAGAG